GAGCAGGACGAGCCACCAGCUGAUCCUUAGCUGAUAAGCCAGCUGCCAAGCCUCCAGUGCCGGACAAAAGAGUUUUUCUCUUCCCAGCAGGUUUUCCUGCCGUGAAUGACAGAGGAAGGGGGGAAAGUGAGCUGCCUGGCACUCCCUGUGGGCAACAGGCUUCAGGAGCUCCUUCUCUCCCGCUGUGUUGGCAGACCAUGGAGCUUUUCAGGCUGAGCCUGGGAUGCAUUUGCCUUCUUCCUUGGCUUGAGGUAGCAGAAGGAAGAGGCUUCCUCAUACGGAACACCCGUCAGGAAAAGUGCAUUUGCAUCUCCCACCAUCAGGCCAACAGCAUCAGCCUGGCUGACUGCAAGGCACACUCCCGAAGGCAGCAGUGGAGCUGGGACCCUGCCACCAGGACCAUUGUCAGCAUCCAAACAAAGCAGUGCUUGUCAGCCCACAAGAUGCAGGAAUAUGCUUUGGUCAAGCUGGAACCGUGUGGGGAAUGGGAACACCAAGUGUGGUCCUGCAGCAAGAAAGGACACUUGACUCUGCAGAGCUUGGGCUUCCACCUCAGCACCAAGGAAGGUGGCCACAGCAUCUUUGCCUCAAGGGAGAAGAAUAAAUUCAGCAGAUGGAAGACGUUAGCAGAUGAAACUAUCUGUGCUGCUGCCCAGCCAAGAGCUCUGAGGCCCAGCAAGCCAACACAACAAGCUAUCCACACACAUGUGUGGGUCUAUGAAACUAAAAUCAUUGAUUCAUCAAAGACGCAUGCCACAGGCAAAGAAUCUUCUGUGAGCUUGACUGACCCACCUCUGGCUAACAAAUUUGUUAGCACAGUAUCUCCAGUGAAGACUAAACAGGCACACCUACCAUCAAACGAGGAUGUGUCUCACAAUCACUCUAAAAAGCACCAUGGAAAUCGAGGAAAAAAUGCUGGGGCCAGGCUUGCAGGCACAAACUGGAAGACAGCCAUGCUGGUCCUCAGCCCCUUGGCAUUCAUUCUGGGAUUAAUAAUACUGACACUGAAUGUUCAUUACAACAAGAAGAAGAAAAUUCUCUCUGCUCUGAAGAGUUCCCCAGCCCACAGCAGCAGAGUUGACUUAAGGGAGCCAGCUCUCUUACGAAGAAGUCCCCAGCCAUACCUUUCACCAUCUCGCUCUCCUUCCUUGAGGCAUGGAGAGAUCCUCAUUGAGUGGAAAGAUGGAACCAUCACUCCUCUUUUUGAUAAUGCCAACUAUCAAACAGAUGUUAGAACCCAAUUUUUCCAAAGUAUGGACAGAGGAGCUGAAGGUGUGAGUCUUCAUCACCCGAGGUCUUAAAAAACUUGUCAGCCUAACAUCCAUCACGAAAGAGUCCCAGUAGCUGACUCCACCCUGCGGCUAGAUAUGGUGAGAGCGGGAGACACCUUCCAACCUCUGCUUCUAAAGAUAGCUGAGAAACAAGCAGAGCAAUCACACAACCUAUGUGCCGUUCAUUCUCUGCCAUUCCCUGCUUGUAAACAGUGUUCAUCAUCAGAAUAAAACACGACUGUAAAGUGGAGGAGCACUGAAACUGCUUAAUUGUAUGUGUGUAGAUAUAUAUUCACAUAUUAAAAG